AUGGGUGCGCUGCUCGAUAUCAAGCCACCCCAUCUAACAGUGAUGGCAACAGCUUGGAGAGCGGCCAUCCGCCUCCACCAAGCUGAAGAAUGGUCCCCGACGGGCGGCGGUCACACCGAAAUCCUCAGACAGGGAGAAAUAGCUGAAGGACCCAAACGGCAUUCUGACUCCGGGGGGCUGGUCUGGUUCACAGACGGCUCUAAGACCAGUAUCGGCACCGGAGCCGGGAUUGCGGGGGAGAGCCCUAGGGUCGAAAUAACCCACAAGUUGGGCCACCACGUUACGGCCUUCCAAGCAGAAGUGUUCGCUAUAUGGGCCUGCGCCAAAUAUAAUUUGGAAAGGGCCCACUCAGGCAAACACAUAUACAUCUGCAGUGGCAGCUUGGCCGCGCUGGAAGCCCUCCACAAAGUGGAAAUAGGGUCGAAGCUAGUCAGGGACUGUGCACUGACUCUGAGACAGCUAUCUCUGAACAACAGAGUUAAGCUGCUAUGGGUACCAGGUCACACUGGCAUCCCAGGAACGAGAGGGCUAACGAAUUGGCACGACUGGGGGCGACAAGCUCCCAGCCGUGCCAUGAGUACCCCAUUGGUUGUCUCAACCUAUGCGUUGAAAGGCCUAGCUAAGGACUGGUUAAACCAGGAAUUCACCAGGCUCUGGCACAACGUAAUGGCAAUGAGACACACGAGGGCCCUAUUUGAGGGACCGUCACAGAAGCUGGGCGACACCUUAAGUCACCUGGACAAGGCGCAACUGCGCAUGCUCGUGGGCCUAGUGACAGGACACUGGUGUGAGGAAGAGGACGAAACCCCCUCUCCACGUACUCCUAAGAUGCAGGGAACUAAGGGCCCGAAGAGGAGCAAUCCUGGGGACCCUGGAACCCUCAUCUUAACGCAUUUCGGCUGGCCUGGUGCCGGCACUUCUAAACUUCGCUACAGAAGCCCAGCUGCCAAGGCACAGCCAGUAAAGAGGCUGCCUAGCGGCCCGGGUACAAUGGUCCCCAAGGACUGA